ACACGGUGGGGGGGACACGCGGGGGACAGAGUGGGGACAAGAGGGAGACAGGGGACACGUGGGGCGGCACAUCAGGGGACUCAGGACAGCACGGGGGGACACUGGGAGCGCAGGGACACGAGGGGACGUGAAGGACGGGGGGACAUGGAGGGACACAGGACAGCACGUGGGGUGGGCGACACCCGGGGACACGGAGGGGACACGCGGGGUAAGGGACAUAUGGGGACACGCGGGCCAUAGGGACACGAGGUGACAUGGAGCGAGCACGGGGUGACAUCGAGGGACACGGGACAGCACGGGGGACACGCGAGGCGAGGGGACACGGGUGACGUGAGGGGACACAGGAGAACACGGGGGGGCACAGGUGACAUCGAGGGACCCACAGGGCACGGGGACACUCCGGGCAGGGAUGUCACACACGGUGACCUGUCACACACGGUGACCCGUCACACGGCGUGCGGGCUGCCGGCGCUCAUCAGCGCCCCCACCUGAAGGGGGCCGUGUCACCCCCCCUCCCCCGGCCAUGUCCUUCACCGACAGCACCGACAGCGGCUCCGACAGACCCGUGUCCGUGCUUUGGGGGUGCGAGCUGAGCAGCGCCAGGAGCUCCUGCACCUUCCGAGUCACCGAGGACUGGCACUGCGAGCAGCAGCUGGUGCUGCGCACGGGGUCUGGGGGCUGCUCCUGCCCCGGGGAGGGGUCUGGGGGUGCUCCUGUCCCGGGGGGCUGUCAGGAAUUGUGUCCCCCCGCCCCCCAGGCCUCGCUGGCCGGAGUGGAGCUGACCCCCCCGGUGACCUUCCGCCUGCGCGCCGGCUCCGGGCCGCUCUUCGUCAGCGGCCAGCACGUGUCCAUCAUGGACCUGACCUCGGAUGAGGAGGAUGAGGAAGAGGAGGAGGAAGCGGCAGAGGAAGCCCCCAAGAAGCCCCCCAAGGGCUCGGGCGCCCAGAAGGGCAGCACUGCCAAGAAAAGGAAGCGGGAAAAGGAGGAGGAGCCGAACAGCCUCGCCCCCGCGGGUCCCCCGCCCGCCAAGGGACGCGGAGCCGGCCGGGGCAGGAAAGCAGCGGCCAAGAAAUGACGGGAAUUCUGUCCAGGCGGCAGCUGGUGGUGGUGGUGGUGUCGUUCCCAAAAUAAAGCACAUUUUGCA